GUUCUGGGAGAUGUCCUUAAAGUCACUUAUCUCCACAUGAUCGAGUACCUUUAUACUUUAUAUGAUGUUUGGAGUUUUUCCCCCCAAUUAUUAUUAUGAUUUAAGAUAGACAAUUCUUAAAUAAUAAGCCUAAUUAAUGAUCCAUUGGUGAGAAGGCAAGUAUUAUUGUUUUAUAGGCCUACCUGCUAGUACUAUAACUAGAAGAUUUCGGGGACGACAAUUAAUAAACGAAAGCUUGGCCUUAGCCGGCCUUAAAAUCUUAAUCAUUAAUCUUAUUACACCUUAUUUAUUUAACCCUCUGGAGACGGAGCCUUUUCGGGCUGCCAGUGCCAUAAAGACGGAGCACUUUUUACGAGCUCAGCACUCGCAUUGCAAAAAAAUUUAUAAAAAAAUAAACUAUUCCCUUAGACGCCUUAGUCUUAGUAGAGUUUAGAGUCUUAGCCUUAUUAUCAUAAUUAAGGGAAUAGUUUAUUUUUUAAUAAAUUUUUUUGCAAAACUAUAUAUAUAUAUAAAGUAGGUUCUUUGAUUAGAAAAAUUAAAACUUUUUGUAAAAAUAAACCAAUGGCAUAGUUGAAUAAAGCUAAUUUCUAAAAGAAUUAUAAUACCAAAAUCAUAUUAUUAGCUGUUGUAGUUUUAAAUUUAUGAAUUUUUAAAGUACGACUUAAUUUGUCCUUUUUUAACAUGGACCGCAUGUCCAGUUUCUGGUACCCGAUUUCGCUGUUUGUGUCACGAGCUAUAUAACUCUUGUUUUAAUGAUAAUUUUAUUUUCAGAACUUAAUGCUGUAUUAAAAAAAUAAGUUUAAUAAUAAUAAUGUUAACAAUUAUAGAUAAAUUGUAGCUUAUCUAACUAUGCACUAUUUAUAUCAGUAAAUUUAAUAUAAUGUUUUAACAUAUGACUUUUCUGUUUGCCUAAUCUUCAGCGUCCAUUAUACCGGUAUACGCUAUAUAGUCUAUAUAAGACAACGCACCCCUAAAAUGUUGUUUGGGAUCUACUUAUUUUGAACUUUCAACUUUGGCACAUGAAUAAUUAACUAAAGCUUUCCCUGACCAAUGUUGUUAAUAGUUUUUGCACACGGCAAACUCUUAUGAAUGAAACUUGAAGACUUACGUCUUUCUCGCUAGUCAACCGUGGGCCGAUAGAUCGGCCCUUACGUCUCCAGAGGGUUAAGCCAUUUAAUAUAAAAAAUACAGUUCAGUUGGCAGUUGGACUGUACCAUCUAAGUCUAAGACAAUUUAGUACUACGGCAUAGCAUUAUGCAAAUGCCUGUGAAUGGUUUCCCGUGACUUUUUGCACACUGUCAAUUUUGAUCGCUAAUAAUAUGGACUCUACAGGGUUUUUAAAGCUCAAAUUUAAAAAUUCUAGUUUAAAUGUCUUUAAAAUGCAUUCUGAAACACAAGUUAUCAAAUAUUUUGAUGUAUAUAGAGAUAAUAAUGAAUAUUUCAUAAGCUAAGUAUCUGCGUUUUCCGCCAUUUAAAAGGGGCGAGAUCACUAAUCCAAAAUGGCCAGUGCGACCUUUGCAUAAUGAGGUCAACGUUGAGGAGAAUUGUGAAAAUGUUUCAUGAGCUAUCUCAAUGAAAUUUUGCACAUGUGUACUUCAACAAAUUAUGCAGGCCUACUUUUAAUAUGAAAGACCUACUUUGAAUAUUUAGACCGAAUUUUUUAAUGCGAAGAUGUCUUAUAUUGACAUACAAUUUUCCUUACUUAACGUUGAUAUAAAGAAAAAAUUAACUCAAUGGGAAUGUAGUUCAACAUUUCUCCUAAUGUUAAUGGGUGGAGUCAGACCUUAAUUAUGGGCCAAAAGGACUCCUAAUUUAUUCAAAUUACAUGCACAUGAUAAAAUUAAAAACUCGGAUUCCAUUGCGCCGCCGCCCAUUUCCAAUACAAAUUUACUUGGAGUGUCCCUUGCUUCGGCGGAGUACCUAAUAUAAAGUACUAAAAUGGGAUGCUUAUGCCUUAUUUAUAUGUCUUAUGUUGUAUAAAAAUUCAGAGGGGUCAUCUCUAACCAUUUGAAGACCCGUAAUACUCGUAAUACUAAACCAAAAGUUCACAACAUUAGCAUUACCCUCAAUUUGAAACUCUUCAUUAAUUUCCUGGUUGUUUUCAUCAGUUUCAGUGUCAGAUUCGCUGCUAGGAUAUCAAAAUCAUGAAGCACAGUUUGAUCAGAGUCACUGUCAGACAUGUUCGAAUUUCACAAUGUAACUACACACACAAAAAAAAAUUCUUACACACUAAUAUAUUGAGUUCACCUUCAAUGAACACCGCCAUUACAAUGCUGGGAUGUGCAGGAAUACGUAAGAAUACUUUUGAUUCGCUGGUACAACGCCAAGCCAGCCAAUCAUGAGGCUCGAUUUAUCGGGCCGAUAGUUCGGACUUACGUCUUUCUCGCUAGUCAACAGUAGGCCGAUAGAUCGGCCCUUACGUCUCCAGAGGGUUAAGCCAUUUAAUAUAAAAAAUACAGUUCAGUUGGCAGUUGGACUGUACCAUCUAAGUCUAAGAAAAUUUAGUACUAGGGUAUUUGUCCAGUUUAGGUGCCCAAAUUCACUGCAUGUAAUGUAAUUGACAAUUAUUUUAUGUAAUUAUAAUUAGGCACUUUCUUUAAGCAUAAACUACCAGUACCAAAGUGAUCACUUAUGACCUCUAUAGAUAGGAUUGUCAGCAAUCGUAGCCAAGAAAUGGCAAAUCAUGUCAUCGUUCUUGAACUUGUUCCGAAAGACAAAUUUAUGGACGUAUGAUGGAACAGUCACUGCACCUCUAUCUCUUACCUUGGUCAUUUGGAUGACAAGGCUGUAUACUGUAUAUGUAGCACAGGUGAUCAUAUUAGCGAGUCAUGCACAUUCAUUCAGCUAGCCAAAAUAUGCAUUCUUCUGUAUGAGACUUAGAUAUGUCUGACAACUGUGAUGACAGGUUGUACUUUUUAUUUGAUUGACAUGUAAGGCCAGCGAUGGGUUCCACUUUAUAUAGGUCACGGAGGUUACCCCUGGUCAACUUCCAUCUACAGCACCUUACUAAAAAGAUUUUGAUGUUUGUAUUCACAUGCUGCAAGUUUUUGUUUUCUUUUUGAAUUGGGGAAGGGUUCCCCUCCCCGGAGGAUUUCUUUGUUUCUUAUUUUGGUAUUUAAAAUAGGGGGGAGAGGUUUGAGGAGGGGCCUCCCCAUUCCAUAGAAGAUCAUUCCAAAUGCAAUUUAAGCAGUAGUCUCCCUUUUAUUACCGAAGUUGUAACAUACCAGUGUUGCGAUUUUCAAUUAAUCAACCGGUGUUGGGUCUUCGGGUAUCAGCAAGGAUGUAUUUCUAUUUUUCUUUCUUCUGAAACGUGUAAGUUGAAUUUUAAUACAAAUUAAUGGAAAAUUUCAUUUUAGUAUACUUCAUAUUAACAGUAUUGUGUAUGACACGAUUAAUCCUCAGUAAAGAGCAGGAAUGUUAUCACAUCGUUCGGGUCCUACAAUUAAUAGGUCUAUUUACCCUAAGACCAGGCAAUGAAUAUAAUGUCAAUUGUAUUUCAUACUGAUUAUUUGAUUAAAAAAAAAAAUGUUUCCAAUAAUCCGUAUGUUAUCAUUUGAAGUUAAAAAUGUUAUUGCAUUUUGUGUCAAAAUGUGUCCCAAUAUUAGUAUAUGAUAGUAUUAUUGUCUUUUUUAAAUAAGAAGUUUGUUUGUUUUCACCAUCUUAAAAAUAAAUUAUUUAUCCGUAGAGCUUCAAGCUUGAAAAAAGAAAUUAUAAUUUAAUAUUUUAAAUUUAUUGUCUUUUUCAACAGUUUAAUAGCAGAACGGUAACCUAGAAAAAGCGCAAAAUAAGUUACCAAAUUUAGAGGUUUCCAUAAAGAUGGCUUCCGAAAGAUUUCUAACCACACUCCAAAAAACUUAUGUCUUAAGUAAGCUUUGGCGAUCAACAAGUACUUGUUCAUCAGGCACAGUCAAUUUUAAAGUGUGUCAACAAUCCAUUACAAAAUAUUUUCAUUUAAGAUAUUGCACACUGUUGCAAUGCCAUUUACAGAGCAGUAUUGGUAAAGUAAGAUUAGUCCACACUUGUCCCACAUUAACAGCUGGACACAGUAAAUGGAAUAAUAUUAAGCACAUAAAGGCAGCCAAUGAUAAAGAAAAAGGUCAGAAGAGCAUGUUUCUUGCAAGCAGAAUACAGGCAGUGUUCAGUAAGUUAAUUGCAUUUUACUUUUAAUUAUCAGAGCUAAACUUAAAACAUAAUCGAAGAUUGAAAGUAAGCUUGUACAAACUUUUCAUUUAAUUUUUAUUCAGUUGGCUGAAAAGCGGAUCAGUAAUAGUAAUAAAUGUUUAACGUUUUGUAAAAAGUUUUAAAGUCCAACAAGAAGUGCUUUACAUAAAGCUCAAGUAGACUUGUUUAGUACCAUUUUUUAAAACAAGUAACUUAAGGUAUACUAAUAUUUGCUGAUAUGAAGUUUUUUUUAUUCAUUAACAGUUAAGAAUCCUGAGAAAGAUCCAAAACACAAUACAGAAUUAGCAAACUUGAUAAAAUGGGCGAGGACUAACAACAUUCCCAAUGAUGUUAUAGAUAGAACAAUAGAUAAUCAGGUAAAAAAUUUCAUUCAAUUAAGCUUAGGUUCUUAAAGUUAAAGGGAGAGAAAUUACUUUACUGUCAUUGGUGUUUCUUCUUUUUCACAUAUGAAGUAUUUUUUAAAUUUUGCAGAUUAAGUUGCGUGAUCCAAAAAAUAUCACUGUGUUUGAUGGCCGUGGCAUGUCAAACACCGGAAUCAUUAUUGAAUGCUUUUCUCUCAAACCUCAUCACACAAAGGGACUUUUGCAAAGCAUAUUAAAGAAAUAUGGGUAGGUUUUGAAUAUCAUCAAUUUUCAUGUUAUUUGAUCUAUUUGUUAUAGUUUUUAUGUACUGAGGAUAUAAUGGUAAGCAUAUGAUAUAGUAGUUGGAUGAUUAUUUAAUGAUCAAGUGAAAAUAGGUUACAGACCUUACUGUCCUUAUACAAACAAAUACUUAAUUUAUUUAAUUUCUUAAAUGUCAGGCGAAAUUAAAAUAAAUAACUGCACAAAAGAGCACAUGCAUGGAUUAAUAUUGUCAAAAAACUUUUAUUGAAUGUGAGGCAACUGAAGCAGUCUAGCCCAUAUAAAACCAAUAGACAUACAGGUCUGUAUACAUUAUUAUUAUUAAUAUUAUUUAAGCAUUUUGUAUAGCGCCUACCUUACAGCUCUAAGCGCUUUACAAUUAUUAAAAAGAUGUAAACUAUUUAAACUGCUAAAGUAAAAGAAAAAUGAAAAACUAGAGACACUAGAAUAGUAACUACAAUGUGAAAAAUGACUAUAAAAACAAGUACACUUUUGCACGUUUUGGCAUAUACUCUGAAAAAAAACCCCAUAAAUACAGGAUCAACCUGAGACAGAAAAUGAGGCAGGGCAAGGAGGGUGCAUCACAGGUCAUAGGUGGACCUAAACAGAUGGGUUUUAAGGGACUUUUUGAAAGUGGACGAGGUUUCACAAUAACGGAUGUGGAAGGGGAGCUGGUUCCAGAACGUGGGCCCAUGGAAGUAGAAGGAGCGUUCACCGAUGGUCUUAGUUUUGGUUCUUGGGAUUGAGAGGGUUCUAUUGUGAAUGGAAGAGCGUAGUUGUCUUGUGGGGAUGUAAGGAAGCAACAGUUCAGAGAGAUAGACAGGAAAGUGAGGGUCAGUGAAAGAGUUGAAGCAUAGAUUGGCAGACUUGUACUUGAUGCGAGAGGAUAUUGGAAGCCAGUGGAGUUGCCGCAUGUGUGGUUGAAUGUGGUCGUGUUUCUUUUAUUUAAAAACGAGUCUACAUGCUGAGUUCUGUGCCUUCUGAAGUUUGUCUAUGUGGUGUUGAGGAAUGCCUGAGAGAAGAGUGUUACAGCAGUCAAAUUUUGAAAGAAUGAGUGAAGAGACGAGAGUUUUUGUGGCAUCAAAGGAAAGGAGUAUCUAGUGCCCUCCACCGGCAUCUAGAUGUGAUUACAGCCAUUUCAUCAUGGUUCUAUACCUACUUCAAGCUGUAACAGAUUCACAUUGGCUGCCAGUUUGAUUUGGAACACUAAGAUUUCAUAAGAUACAAUUAGGUCUAGAAAUUUAAGAUGUCUAAUAGUAAUUUCAUUUUAUUUCUCACCAAGUAAAGAGGGAAAAAAAGAAAGUGAAACUAAGAGUAAAAUAAGAUUAAAAAAUAAAGAAUAAAAAUGAUACUUCUUUAGGCUGUUUAGUGACCAUCCAUGUAUUAUGUAGGUUUUAUUAUUGUAGUAAAAUGAGUGAAAAAAGGCUUUCCUCAUAGCCCUCUCUCUGCAUUCAAUACAUUUAUCUGGUGUCGCCCAUGUGCUAAACUAAAACAGAUGAGCAACCCACCCACCUUAAUUAAGCUGUUUAUGCUUUUUAAGUACAUAUUUUGAGCAGUUAAAAAACUAUAAUUGUGUUUGUAUAAAUGCUAUUCCUGAUCAGAUGGUAUAUGUAGUUUUUUAAACUUCUAUUUCAUCCCUAAAUGUAUAACAAAGUGCCGGUGACAAUUGUUGAAACUUAAUAUCUAAAAAAAAAAAUAUUAAUAUAUAUACGAUCAUGGGAUAUAGUAAAGCAUCGCAUAUAGUUGAGCAAUAGUGCAUCGGAUAUAGUAGAGCAGGGGUCUCAAAACUACGGGCAGUGUGAGGCCCUCUGAUCCGGCCCGUAGAGAGCUUUUUGUCUAUGGAAAAAAAUUACGGAAAUUUACGUGUAUCCUGCCAAGAUCAGCCACCGCUUACGUGGACGUUAUGUUUUUGCUGAAUUAAAAUAGAGGCGCCCAGUAGCGUUUUCCAACCAGUCACUACAUUGCAAAACCUUAUUCGCUGCUUAGUUUUUCAAAUUCAGUUCACAGUCAAUGAGAUGAUACAACUCCAUCUAGUGGCGGAAUUUUUAAAUGGUUUGCUGCUUGUUCAAGACUUGAUUAUUUUUAUCGCAGUUUGCCAGUUGAGGUUGACUGCUGCAAUGAGGAGAUGUUGGUGUCAGCGUCUGAUUGCGUAAUAUGUUUCACUCUAUUUUAUUUAGUGAUAAUUUCUGUCGUGUAAUUACUUAUCAGUGUGUUUAAAUUAUUGGAAAUGUCAUUAGUUUAGUAAGAAUUUUUCUAAUAUUCUGAAGAGGAAACAUUCAAAGCAACAAUCUUACUACCAUAAGUGAAUAUAUUUGCACACUACAUUCAGGUAAGUUUAACAUAAGAAAUCAUAAGAAUUCUUAAAAAUUGUUUCUUGUCAUUUGCAGCUAUAAUUGCAACUAAGGCCAGUUAUAAAUUUGCCUAAAUCCUGGCUAAAAGUGGCAAACCGUUUACAGAUGGUGAAGUAGUAAAGGAAUGUUUGUUGGCGGUGGCUGAGGAACUUUGCCCAGAAAAGUCAAAACAAUUUGAAAAUUUAAUAUUGGGUGCAAAUACCAUUGCCCACUGUGCUGCAGACAUGGGUGAAAACAUUGUGACUCAAAUAGCGAAAAAUGCAAGCAAGUUUCGCCAUUUUUCAGUUGCAAAGGGUGAAUCGCUGUUCCACCUCUCAACUGCUUGUGUUCAUUAGAGGUGUGAAUGAAGACAUGAACAAAACACAAGAGCUGGCUUCCCUACAUAGCAUGUACGACACUGUUACUGGAGAGGAUAUAUUCAAAGAGUUGAAAAAACAUUUGCUGAUUAUAACUUGGACUGGACUAACCUCAGUUGCCUGACUGUUGAUGGAGGAAAGAACAUGAGUGGCAACAAGAAAGACUUUGUUGGACAAGUGAAGCAGAUUGUCAUGAGAAAAACAAUCUACAACCAAUGUUUCUGCACUGCAUUAUUCACCAGCAAGCUUUGUGUGCUAAAUAUGUGGACAUUGGCAGUGUACUGAAGCCUGUAGUGCAGAUGGUGAAGUUAAUAAGGUCACAUGGGUGCAACCAUAGACAGUUCAGAGACCUGUUGAAAGAUACAGACACAGAAUCGCAAUAUUUACCAUAUUACCUAACAGUAAGAUGGCUAAGUUGUGAGAAAGUUCUGAGAAGAGUAUUUAAGUUAAGAAAGGAAAUAGGUGACUUCCUGGGAAGUAAAGGCAAGCCACAGCCAUUACUGCCUGAUGAAGAGUUGGUAUGCAAAUUGGCCUUUGUUGCAGACAUAACUAGUCAUUUAAAUUUUCUGAACCUAAAACUACAACGAGAGGAAAAUCUAGUUUCUGAUCAAUACACCCACAGGCCUUCAGAUCCUAACUCAUAGUGUUUUUGGAACAAGUUGACACACUUUCAGCAGUGCAAGGUCUUCAUGGCUGAAGCAACAGUGGAGUCCCCGUCAUAUACAAGAUCAUCAAAGACCUCCAACUGCAGUUUCAGCAGCAAUUUUCUGUUUUGGAUUCAAAGGCAGAAGAAGUCAGACUGUUUCAAAACCCAUUUGAAGAUGAAGCAGAUGUGGCCAGUUUCCCAGAUGAACUGCAGCUAAAGGUCACUGAGUUGCAAGCAAAUGACCUCCUUAAGGACAAGUUCAAAGGACUAGUGGGUUUUUACCACUUUUUGCCCAAGGAAGACUUUCGUAAAGUCAAAGCUUUUGCAUCAAGGUACCUUUCAAUCUUAGGGACAACAUACCUGCGUGAAGAAGCAUUUUUAAAAAUGAAAUGUGUGAAGAACAAUUUGAUAACAAACUUGUCCGAUGAUAAUCUCAGGUCAAUGUUGUUGUUGGGGUCAUCAAAUCUAAGACAGAUAUGUCUGCUAUUUUCGCAUCCAGGAAAAAAUUACACCAUUUCCAAUAAUACAGGUGUUCAUGUGUAGUGUAUCAAAGUGUGAUUAAAUAAUUACUGAAUAAAAUAAUAUUAAAUAAAUAAUUAAAAACGAUAUCCAUGUUUUUAUUCUUUUUUUAUUUGGACCUCGCUUGUGUAGUCGGCCCGUGAACUGCUGUGUGAUAGUUAAUGCGGCCCUCUGGCUGAAAAGUUUGGAGAGCCCUGUAGUAGAGCAUCAGCUUUCCAAACUAAUUCAACAGUUGGGACGAAGGGUGAUUCAGCUAACCAAGGAAUAUUUGUGUUGAAUGUAGGGUACAGAAUACAAUAUAACAUAGUGUUAUGUAAAGUUAUCAUCAAUUUUCUGUUGUUUCAAAUUUGAUUUACUUGGAUUGUGGGUCCAGGGUUAGAAAUGUUUUCCAGCGUUUGUAUGCCAGUGCUCUAUGCAAUACAAAUUGCCCAGCAUAACAAUACAUUUUAAAAAGACAGGGGCAGUUUGGGUAACUUGUAUUUGCAUAAUUGGACACUAGUGUAGGUCUAUUCCAGUUUUAUGAAGAGAACAACACAUUUGGUCUAAAAUUUUGAUCUGUUUUUUUAAAAAUAAUUUGGCAUCAAUGCAUUUGAUACAACUGUCUUGUUUAUGUACAGAUUUUCCAGACCCAUCUAAAUACGCACACUUAUACAAAUGGCUAUUCUGCCUUAGCCCCUUUCCCUCCACAGUGCAUUAUGUAACAUAAUUAUUAACCUUUUACUGCAUAUUAUGCAUAAUACAUAAUUUUUGUCAAAGUGUCUUGACAGUCAGUUUUUUUAUUUUUUGGACUAACCAUUUGCAUAAACAGUUAGUAUUGCAAAUAUUUGUAGUGUUAAGAAAAGCCUCUAGAUUAUAACAUUUCAAGGUAUAUACAAUUGGUUAAUCGUAUGGUUUGUUUCAUUCUUCAGAUUUAGCUUGCAUUCACCUGCUAUGGAUUUGUUUGAACACAAGGGUGUAGUGGAAGCAAAACUACAAGAUGCAGAUGUCAAGUCUGCUCAGUCUGACCCCAAGUCAUUUGUCAUUGAUAAAUAUGUUGAUCUAGCAAUUGAGGCAGAAGCAGAGGAGGUUACCUUAGAAAAGGAUGAGGAUGGGCCAUAUUUAAAGGUAGCAUUCAAAUUAUUUUAAUUUCAUCAGUAUUCAAAUUGUUAACUCCAAGAGGAUAUUUUCAUGCAGUUUUCUUUUAAAACUUAUAAAAUGGAUGAAAAAAUAGUUCUGCAAGUUAACUUAUUCUGUGGUGGUUCUUACCUGCCUUAAUAAAUUAUAUGUGGGGACUUAAUUCAUAUUGAUUUAAACAAAUUAUGGUUUAAGAAUGGUCCUUUGAAAUGAAUAACACAUGUUGGCUUUCGGGAACUGUAGAUUUUGGGGCCAACAUAGGCUAAUUCUCUAUGGUAGUCUGGCUUUUGCCAGUCUACUCAGUGGGCAGACAAUGGUAGUCUUACUUGUCCCAAUCUACUCAGUACGCAGAUUAAAUUUAAUGAGUUCAAGCUUUGUAUCUUUUUUAGGCUAGUUUCAGCACCAAGAUGAGUUUUAUUAACACCCUCCUCUCAAUCUUUAGUGAUAUAACUUGGCUAAUUCUUGACAAUCUCCAGCUCGUCAUAUUAAUUAUACUAAUUGCCUUAUUAAAAAAAAUAGUUGUAAAUUAUUCUCAAAUAAAGAGUAUAUCUUUCAUUUUAUUUUGCAUACAAAUACAAUUAUUGUAAGUUAAAUAACUUAACUGAAUGAAAUGUUUUUCAGUUUUUAUGUGCACCACAAGAUGUUGAUAAAGUCCACGGUAACCUGGAAAAACUGGGAGUUCAAGUUUUAAAUAGUGAGAGAACAUAUCUUCCCAAGAUAGUCAUCCCUGUAUCGCAAGAAUUUUUAGAGAGCUUAGAUAAGCUAAUAGAGAAGCUAGAUAUUCAUCCAGAUGUUAUAAAUUAUCAUUUCAAUGUUGAACCAGAAAAGUAAAAGAUACAAAUGCAAUUGUAUGUGCAAGUUCAUAAAAGAAAAGUUUAAUGUGAAUAUUGCCUUCUUCUUAAACAUGUUUUAGGUUGUUUAUGUUAUUGGUAAUAUGGUAAUUGUCAAAUUUUUAUGAAACACGAAAACUAACUGAGCCCUUUUCAAAAGUUCCUAUGUGGUUGGUUCAGAAAGUAUAAAGAACUUUAGUGAUAAUAAGUUUUAAGCCUUGACAUUUUGAGAUAAGACAUUAUGUAAAGAAAAUGUAAGUUUUCCAGUAUUUUCAAAAGUGAGAUGGAUAAAUUAAAACUUAGGAAACCCUGAAUUAAUUAUGUUAAGUUUUAUUUAUUUGUA